UACUGUGUAAAAUAAAACCCAUCGAUCCACGAGUGGAAGAGAAAUAUACGGAUUGUAGGGAACUUUUAACUAUUAUAAUAAUUAUAUUUAGUCAAAAUGACUGCUGAAUGGACAAGCGGGAGAAACACCGCAAUAAUCGUCGUCACAGUUAGCCUGUUUUGUGGAGUUCAUGGUCAUGAUGGCGCGUGCCAUACGGAGGCAAAGUCUUGUGAGCUGUAUCUAGAUGUCAGUUCAUGGUUGCCAAUGAGACGGAAUAAUAAUGAAAAGGUUUAUAUCAAUGAAACAGAUGGUCUACUUUAUAUUCAUGGAGAUACCACAAAUACCACUGUUGAUCCCGAGGAUGUAGUGCUAGCCGACGGUUCUCCGCAUGAACGGGCUUUAAUACUUUUUAAUAAAACUAUGCCAGGACCAACAAUAACUGUUUAUGUCAAUCAAGAAGUGAUUAUUCAUGUUAGGAAUCACAUGACCAGUCACGGUGUGACGGUUCACUUUCAUGGCAUUGACAUGAAAGGGACUCCAUGGAUGGAUGGUGCAGCUUUCGUUACACAGUGUCCAAUCUUACCUGGACAAACAUUUACAUACAAAUUCACACCAAACCGACAUGGAACAUUUUAUUACCAUUCCCACACUGGUCCUCUAGUAAGCAUGGGCCUAGUCGGUGCUUUUAUUGUAAAGGAGAGAAAAACAGACGACAUUGAAGAGAAAGUGAUGAUGAUCCAAGACUAUAAUAAUGCACAAUCUUCUGAUGAGAUGUAUGUAAGUUCAGCAAUGCUAGGAUUUUUCAAUACUGAAGGUGAACGCUUAGGAAACACGGAACGACUUGAUGGAACAUACACACCUAUUAUCAAAGUCACGUCGUCUUUGAUCAACGGUAGAGGCCGUGUAUUAAACAAACAAGGGGAACAUUUAACAAAAACACCUCUUACUAUUUUUACGGUAGAAAAGGGAAAACAAUAUCGGUUUAGAGUUAUAGGAGGGGGAUUUGCCUAUCAAUACAAAGUUUCCGUAGAUGGUCACAAACUUACUGUCGUUGCAGCAGAUGGGUCUGAUAUUGAACGAAUUGUGACAGAUUCAAUCAUUUUGAGUACCGGGGAACGGUUUGACUUUAUUCUUGAAGCUAAUCAGUCGGUCGGCAACUUCUGGAUUCGUGCAGAGACCCUUGAAAAAUAUCAUAACCGAAGUGCCUUUGCAAUACUUAGAUACACAGGAGCCCCCAUACAGUAUCCGUUUACAGCACCAAAAAUAUGUUCAUCAAAUGACCCGUGCGCUGUUGUUAAUUGCCCUUUCGAAACGUUUCCUAACUGGACAUGCUUGAAUGCUGAUCAAAUGCGUAGUGCUUCUGAAAAUGAAUCGGCUCCAGAUCACAAAUCAGGAAAAUUUAAGGAAUUUUUUGUUAAUGUUGGAUUUGCUGUGCGCGAAGAUAAUGUUGUCAUGGGUCAUAUGAAUGGAGUUAGCCUCAAGCUGCCAACUGUGUCCGCUUUAACGCAACCGAAAGAAGUGACUGACAUAUGUGCCGAGUCACAUAACUGCAACGCUGGAAAAUUCUGUACAUGUAACCGACCAUUAAAUGUUGACUUUGGGGAUAUAGUGCAAAUAAAUUUUGUAAGUGCAGGCUCUUUGAAUAUUGUAAGUCACCCAAUACAUGUUCACGGAUAUUCAUUUCAUGUCAUGAAAAUUGGCUAUGGAACAGAAAACCCGGCACUAUAUCCAAAAUACGGGAUGAACGAUAAUAUCAAGUGUACCGGGUUAUGUUACGGCAACAUAACAUGGUCCGAGGAGUCAUGGAAAGAUGGAAAUAUUCCAAGUGUAAAUUUCAGCAAGUUGCCGCGCAAGGAUACAGUAACCGUGCCUGCUGGUGGUUUUGUGGUCAUUAGAUUUAAAGCAGAAAAUCCUGGACUUUGGUUUAUUCAUUGUCACCAGGAAUACCAUGGUCAAAAAGGUCUAGGGUUACUCUUAAAUGAUUCCUUCUCGCGCGUUCCAAGACCACCAGACGGAUUCCCAGAAUGUAGGAAUUUCCAAUUCAAAACGACCGAAAAAAACAAAAACCCAGUUUCUACGACAGUUGGGACUUCGAUCGACAACACAAGAAAAUCAAAAAGUUACUGCUGAAGAUAACAGAACCUACAGUGAAGAGGAAUUCUGGGGAAUGUUUGGAGCCUUUUUGUUUGUUCUUCUUCUCCAAUUUGUAAUAACAGUCGUCUGCUUACGAAGAAACAAAGCUUCAAUGGCGUUCAACUGAUAAAGGGGAAUAACUCUUGUAGAAGAAAUAAAGCUUCAAUGGCGUUCAAUUGAUAAAGGGGAAUAACUCUUGUAGUGAUAUACUAUUUUAUAAUGUUAAAGGGAAUCAACUUUUCUUUCUCGUAUACUAGUUGACAGAAUGGGAUUCUCGUUGAUUAUAUAAUUUUUAUGAUCAUGUUCCAGUCGCUUUCUUGCUUUAAAUGAUCGCUAUCAGUGUAUGAACAGAUUACAUUCUUCAUCAACAAGUAUCUUCUAAUGAAGAAAAAAAGCUUGUG